AUGAGCGUAGAAAACGACACGUCCGUCACCAGGAACGGAGCUCUCGCCGAUGCGACUGAAGACGUCGUGGUGACACUAGAUGACAUCGAGCGUCUCGCGGGCGCCAAUCGACGCCCGGGCUUCUUGGACUACUACGACGGUGACGACCUCUCUCUGAUACAACCAGGAAUCUCUAAGGACGCAGUCACCUCCCUUCAAAACGACCUCGAUACCUGUUACAGGUGGUCCGUAACACACAGCCUCCCACUAAACCCUACAAAAUGCCUUAGCAUGACAGUCAGCCUGUCCUUGGCUCAGCCCUCACACUCCCCACCCCUUGCAAUAGGUGGCACCGAACUCUCUCGUGUCACUCACACAAAACUGCUCGGAGUCGCAUUCGAUGAGCGCCUCGAUUUUAGUCGCCACAUCCAGGGAACUGCUUCACGUGCGAGGCGGACACUGGGUUUCGUCACCCAAAUUACGCGCGGCAUGCCAGCCGCACCACUCAGGCACCUAUACACGUCGCUGGUACUCCCGCAGCUGGAAUUCUGUUCUGCUAUCUGGGACCCCCCCUCAACAAAGCAUAAGAAAUCUCUCGAGUCCAUACAGCGGAGGGCAGCCCUUACGCUGUACGGACGAGAUUCCCCCUCGUCGCACCACACUGUCGCCAGAGAUAUUUCCACUACCAGACUCCUGCAGUACGCCCAGUGGCGGACUCUGCAACACCGCAGAGACGUAGCCUCGAUCAGGCUCUUCUGCCUAAUGAUGGGUGCUGGCCACCCUGACGUGCCUUCCCCACCUCGCCUCAACAAGCGAACUGGCCGACUACAACCUCCACUGUCGCGAACUUUGCGCCACAAGACAUCGUGCCUAAUGCGUGCUGCAGAAAUUUGGAGGUCACUCCCACACCACCUCACGGAGUCAAUCCCCUGCAACCGAGACGACAUCCGCGAGUUGUGUAGAACAGUUACUCGGACAAUAGCAUAA